AUGAGCAACGACGAUACGAGUGAAAGGAAAGAGCUCCAAUCGCAGUUUAAUCGGUUUACACAACAAUACAAUUUCUUACAUCGAGCAAUUGUUGAAAAAGAACGAAACAUCGCUCAACUUCUACAGGAGAUUGAUUUAGUCAACGAGGAUAAUCAGAAUCUAACGGCUAAGAAGCAAUGGCUGAGUCAAGGCAGGGAUUUAGAAAGAGAAGCGAGAAACAUUGCGGCAGAAAUAGAUGGCGAUUAUUUAAAGUCUAAAGACGUUAUGGAAGAAUUAAAUCGUACCAAAACAGUUUUAACGCUGGAAUCGAAUAUACUGAUGGAUAAAUUACGACUGCAAUUGAAAUCACAAAAUACCUAA